GGAAUAACAGCCCCUUUGGCUGUGAUACCAGCAGCUAUGCAGACUCACUCCAGUCCAAUGGUUAUUCCACGAUGGAUGAAGCGCCAUCACGGCUUUCAAAUAUGUCGAGGCCAAGUGCAAAAUCGAUUUACUUGCAGAGGCAGGAGUAUGCAGCAUCAAUAAACAAGAUGAUGGGCAACUUUCAGUGCAGGGUGGAGCACCUGUUCACCUGUGACCUGGACGGGAAGGACCUGAAAAACAUCACAGACUGUGUGGACCGUUUGAACCUGCUGGAGGAGAUGGGUCAUGUGUGGGGUCAGAACAUGCAAUUGGAGGUGCAAGGCACCAAAAUGAUGCUCACAGACAUUGAAAACAAGGACGAGCUGGAGUCGAUGCCUCUCAGUGACAUCCAGGAGUUCAACGCUGUGCUGAACGCCGGGGUGUUUAACUCUCUGCUCACAGUGUCAGUCCAGGCCAGGAAAAAACACAACCACACUGUCUUCAUGUUCCAGUGUGAUGAUGUCAGGGCCGACUAUGUUGAAAAACAUCUCUCACUAGCACUGGCACGCCAGGGACAGAAUUCGGGCAUCAAAAAUGAAGGAGUGAAACCUGCAGUAAUCCCUACACCCAGAGAGCCAGAGCCUGCAGCUGAACCAGCGUGUCAGUGGAGUGAGCCUGACUAUGAAGACCAUUUGCAUGAUCCUGAAAUGUUACUGCCUGAAGAUGAGGAGGAGGAUGAGGAGCCCUUCAUGCGUAAAGACGUACCUCGUUCAUACACGGAGCUGGACAGGAAUGUGGAUAUGUUGAAUCAUAUUUUAAGUGACAUCGAAAUCUUCAUGGGACAAUUAGCUGCAGCAGAAGCUAAAAAUGCAAAGAAGAAGAAGAAGAUGAAGAAGAAGCAAAAGGGGAAAGUCAUGGACAGCAUGCCCUCUCAAGAAGAAUUUGAAGAAUGCCUCCAUAAAAUUAAAUUUGGCUUAAACCUGCUAGGGGAGCUCAAUGGAAAGAUCAACAAUCCCAGUGCUCCUGAAUUUGUCCACUCCUUUUUUGUCUCGUUAAAAUUCGUGGUGUCACACUGUCCUGAGGUUCUGCCGCCCAGUAUUAUUGCGCCGUUGCUGACGCCUCAGUGUAUCCGUCUCAUGAGUGAAGUGGCGUCCACGGAGGAGGACGAGCUGUGGCAGUCUCUGGGAGAUGCCUGGAACAUUCCCAGUACCCAGUGGCCAGAAGAUGAUGAGGACAUCCCAACCUACACCCCGCAGUUCUUCGAUGGCUGGCAGCCCCCUGAAGUCACUGCAGAACCUCCCCCCACUCCACCUCUGACCAGACAGAGGAGUGCACCCAAAUCUGUGGCCAGACCAAAGAGCCCACAACCUGCACCCAGUAAACCUGUGACCAGGCAGGAGGAUCGGCAACCUGCACCCAGUCAGACGUAUGCCAGUUGGAAACCUACACGCUCAAUGGAGCCAAAACCGCGAGAAGUGCGUGUGAAGUCUGACUUCAUUUCAAGAAACCAAAGAGAGCUCACCGUGAGAAAAGGAGAAAUAGUUCAGCUGCUGGACAAGUCCAAGCAGUGGUGGAAAGUGAGGAAUGACAGAGGGGAGGAAGGCUUUGUCCCCAGUAAUAUCCUGAGCGAUAAUGAUCACCAACCUGAUGAAGAGGAAAUUGUGGCCUCACCUGUCCUAACAAAGAGGUCCAAGCCUGCCGAAGUGAAAGCCUGGCUCGAAGACAAGGGCUUCAGUAAAAUCACUGUACGCUGUCUCGGCGUGGUGAGCGGCACUACGCUUCUGGGCAUGACAAGAGAGGAGCUGAAGGUGAUGUGUCCUGAGGAAGGAGGCCGAGUCUUCUUCCAGUUAAAGGCAGUCAGGUCGCAGCUAGCUGCUUCCAGUUAAGUGAGACCAGUGACGGGACAUCAAAGGGGACAGAAGAGGAC